CUUUCACCCAAGAAUAAUUGAGUUCAAAGAGAAUCCCAUCAUUAUCACAAGGUAUUGUCAAGACGUUGACGUAGUUGGCGAGUCAAGUCGCACCCAUCGUCCCCCUUUUCCAACUUAGCUCUGCUACGUAUACACCCCCGUAACAUAAAAGUAGUGGAACUAUAAUAUCCUCUAAUUGCAUAUCGCUCACACGUAUGCAGUUUAACCGUUGAGCCCCGCAUACGAUAGUCUUGAUAAAAUAAUUUGAUAGAGAAAAAAAAAGUUAUCAAUAUCUUCGUCUUAACUCAAGCAAUCCACGCUCGAGGAUUAUAAUGAGUUGCUCAUGCCGCACAACUCCUCUAAGGGUCUUUAUCCAAAGCCUUACAGAUUUACGGCUUUCUGAUUCAACUGUUACGACUCCACGAACAUUUCAACCUCGAUACACAAGAGCUGUUGCUCUUCGGUCACAAUUCAUCUUGACUAGACCUUAUACUGCUACUGCAGCCUUGAGCUAUCCACGACGGGUACCAUCAAGAGUAAUAGUACCCAGGGAAUUACCUUCACAAUCGUUGGCUACUCACCAAGCACCAAGAGCUACGCAAAAGAAACAAACUAACGAUGAAACGGUAAACCAACCUAGCGUAGAGGCGCUUGAUACCUCUACUCGCGAUUAUGAGAAAGCGAAAAGCACAGGUGUACUUCUCGACUUGUCGCCUGAGUCCAUAGACUCUCUCGUUGCCGAUCUAGAAGAAUCGCCACCCCAAGAACCCUUACCUCGCAAUCUAAAGUUCGGGCCCGCAGUUCAUGACGAACCCGAAGUAGAUCGCAAACCUCCUAGGGAAUCCUCUAGACUGAAGAGGCUGAAGAUCUUGAAGGACCUGAAGGAAAGAAGACAGAAACAAGUCAAGCGUCUCCCCAGAAAGCAACAGAAGGAAUAUUGGCGGAUACAGAAGGAGGCGCUUAAGAAGAAGUUCCCGGAGGGCUGGAAGCCGCGUAAGCGGUUAUCGCCGGAUGCGCUUGACGGCAUACGCGCGCUGCACGCGCAAUUUCCCGACCACUUCACGACGGAGGUGUUGGCGGAUAAGUUCAUGGUCUCCGUCGAAGCCAUUCGCAGAAUUCUUAGGGGCAAUUGGCAACCCUCGCCCGAGGAGGACGAGGAGCGCCAGCGGCGGUGGUUCAGCCGCGGCAAGAAUAUCUGGAGCCAGAUGGCGGCAAUAGGCAGGAAACCCCCGCGCAAAUGGCGCCAAGAGGGUAUCGUGAGAGAUCCGAUUUGGAAUGUUCGAAAGGGCCCGAGAACGCAGCCGCCGAAACGACGGGGACCAAGACGUUAUCAUGAAGACGUUGAUCCGGUCUUCGAGGAGAUCCCCAAUAUAGAGUCCGUCGAGGAGCCUAAAGAAGAGCAUGUUAUAGAUGCCAAUGAAGAAUUCCAUAGGCAGAUGAAGAUGCAGAUGAACAGGAAGUCUAACAGAAGAUUCAAUAAGGGCUCUAAUAGGAAAUUUAGUAAGGAUCCUAACAGGAAAUUCAGCAAGGGCCAUAACAGGGAUUCCGCGAGGGGAUCUGACGAGUCCUGGGAGAUCAAAAGAAGCUCUGAUAGAGAACCCGAUCGGGACGCUUUUGACCGGGCUUUUGAUAAACGCUUUGACCCAGAUGCUAAUCGGGGUGCUCGAAGGUCUCGGUUCUAGUCUUGCUUUACUCAAGGCUAUGUCAAUACUUGUAUUAUAUACUAUCCUGAAGAA